GUUGGCCUCGUCGGCCGCCGUAGCCCCUGCUAGACCAGCCCGUGCGAACCUGCUGGAAGAGGAAGAGAAAGGCAGAGAGAGUCGGAUUACAAGAUGGCGGGCCUGUGGUAGUGCCCGCGGCGGCGGCGACAGCAGGAGAGCGAGCGAGACCGGGGGAGCGAAGGGCAGGGGGGUGGGCGUGCGCAGGGGUGACGGGAGGGGCGGCGGAGACCACGAGCAGAGGGCUCUCGGCGGCUCUUGUCACCGCUCCCCACGGCUGAGCCCCUGGAGCCAUGGUAAACUCGGGCCUCUCGGGAGCCGCCGCCGCCGCCGCCGCCGCGACCGGCUCUCAGGAGUGAGGAGCCCCGGCGGGGCGAGCGAGGAGGCGGCGGCGGGGCGGCGGGGCGGCGGGCCGGCCUCCACCAUGUCGGAUACCCGGCGGCGAGUGAAGGUCUACACCCUGAACGAAGACCGGCAGUGGGACGACCGAGGCACCGGGCACGUCUCCUCCACCUACGUCGAGGAGCUCAAAGGGAUGUCGCUGCUGGUUCGUGCGGAGUCCGACGGAUCUCUACUCUUGGAGUCAAAGAUAAAUCCAAACACUGCAUAUCAAAAACAGCAGGAUACUUUAAUUGUUUGGUCAGAAGCUGAAAACUAUGAUCUGGCUCUAAGUUUUCAAGAAAAAGCUGGCUGUGAUGAGAUUUGGGAAAAAAUUUGUCAAGUUCAAGGUAAGGAUCCAUCAGUAGAAGUCACACAGGACCUCAUUGAUGAAUCAGAAGAAGAGCGAUUUGAAGAAAUGCCAGAAACUAGUCAUCUAAUUGACCUGCCCACAUGUGAACUCAGUAAACUUGAAGAGAUUGCUGACUUAGUUACCUCAGUUCUUUCCUCACCUAUCCGUAGGGAAAAGCUGGCUCUGGCCUUGGAAAAUGAAGGCUAUAUCAAAAAACUGCUGCAGCUGUUCCAAGCUUGUGAGAACCUAGAAAACACUGAAGGCUUACACCAUUUGUAUGAAAUUAUUAGAGGAAUCUUAUUCCUAAAUAAGGCAACUCUUUUUGAGGUAAUGUUUUCUGAUGAGUGUAUCAUGGAUGUCGUGGGAUGCCUUGAAUAUGAUCCUGCUUUGGCCCAGCCAAAAAGACAUAGAGAAUUCUUGACCAAAACUGCAAAGUUUAAGGAAGUUAUUCCAAUAACAGACUCAGAGCUAAGGCAGAAGAUACAUCAGACUUACAGGGUACAGUACAUUCAGGACAUCAUUCUGCCAACACCAUCUGUUUUUGAGGAGAAUUUCCUUUCUACUCUUACAUCUUUUAUUUUCUUCAAUAAAGUUGAAAUAGUCAGCAUGCUGCAGGAAGAUGAGAAGUUUUUGUCUGAAGUUUUUGCACAAUUAACAGAUGAGGCCACAGAUGAUGAUAAACGGCGUGAGUUGGUUAAUUUCUUCAAAGAAUUUUGUGCAUUUUCUCAGACAUUACAACCUCAGAACAGGGAUGCUUUUUUCAAAACAUUGGCAAAAUUGGGAAUUCUCCCAGCUCUUGAAAUCGUAAUGGGCAUGGAUGAUUUGCAAGUCAGAUCAGCUGCUACAGAUAUUUUUUCUUAUCUGGUUGAGUUUAGCCCAUCUAUGGUCCGAGAAUUCGUGAUGCAGGAAGCCCAGCAGAGUGAUGAUGAUAUACUUCUUAUUAAUGUGGUGAUUGAACAAAUGAUCUGUGAUACUGACCCCGAGCUGGGAGGUGCUGUUCAGUUAAUGGGACUUCUUCGUACGCUAAUUGAUCCAGAGAACAUGUUGGCUACAACUAAUAAAACUGAAAAGAGUGAAUUUUUAAAUUUCUUCUACAACCAUUGUAUGCAUGUCCUCACAGCUCCACUUUUGACCAAUACGUCAGAAGACAAAUGUGAGAAAGAUGAUAUGCUUGGAUCUAACAAAACCAACACAAUUUGCCCUGAUAAUUAUCAAACAGCACAGCUACUUGCCUUAAUUUUAGAGCUACUCACAUUUUGUGUGGAACAUCACACAUACCACAUAAAAAACUACAUCAUGAACAAGGACUUGCUGAGAAGAGUCUUGGUGUUGAUGAACUCAAAGCACACUUUUCUGGCUUUGUGUGCUCUUCGCUUUAUGAGGCGAAUAAUUGGCCUGAAGGAUGAAUUUUAUAAUCGUUACAUCACCAAAGGAAAUCUUUUUGAACCAGUUGUAAAUGCCCUUUUGGAUAAUGGAACGCGGUACAAUCUAUUAAAUUCAGCUGUUAUUGAACUGUUUGAAUUUAUAAGAGUGGAAGAUAUCAAGUCUCUUACUGCACAUAUAGUUGAAAACUUUUACAAAGCGCUUGAAUCGAUUGAAUAUGUUCAGACUUUCAAAGGAUUGAAGACUAAAUAUGAACAAGAAAAAGACAGACAAAAUCAGAAACUGAACAGUGUACCAUCUAUAUUGCGUAGUAAUCGAUAUCGCAGAGAUGCAAAAGCCUUGGAAGAGGAUGAAGAAAUGUGGUUUAAUGAAGAUGAUGAAGACGAAGGAAAGGCAACUGUAACGCCAGUUGAAAAAUCUAAAACUGAAGAUGACUUUCCAGAUAGUUAUGAAAAAUUUAUGGAAACUAAAAAAGCAAAAGAAAGUGAAGACAAGGAAAACCUUCCCAAAAGGACAUCUUCUGGUGGCUUCAAAUUUACUUUCUCCCAUUCCCCCAGUGCUGCUAAUGGAACAAACAGUACCAACAGUAAGUCUGUAGUGGCUCAGACAACACCAGCAAGUUCUAAUGGGUCCUCUUCCAAAACGACAAACUUGGCUGCAUCAAUGACAGCCACUAAGGGAAGUUUGGUUGGCUUAGUGGACUACCCAGAUGAUGAAGAAGAAGAUGAGGAAGAAGAAUCAUCCCCUAGGAAAAGACCUCGACUUGGCUCAUAGAAUACUUGCUAGGGGACUCCAACACAUGGUCUUACUAAAACGCUGCAGCUGCUCACUGAGCUCAAGUCUGACGGAAAGCUUUCUAUGGAACUUAACACACACAGAGUAGCAGAGACUCGGUUACCAGGUAGGAAAGUGUAGUUGUGUAAGAAACCAGGCUUCCCAAGAAUUUGUUUCCUAGUAAUUAAACGCUUUGCCUUUUGGGCUAUCCAAAAAAAGAGAGAGAGAGAGAUAAUUGGAGCCUGGGUGAAAGCUUCCCAUCAAGGGAAGUCUCUGGUUUAGGGGAGGAAGGUUGAUUUAAGACAGGGUUGCUCCAGGGAGUCCAACCUAGAGAGACUUGUAAGACUUCAGUACCCAAUAACAUUGCUUGUAUAAUGGUGCUGGCCAUGUUUUAAUCAGUUGCCUCUUUUUAAAAGAAACUUCUAUGUACAACAAAUUAAACUGUCAUUAGAAAUGAAGUUAUGUUAUUGGGACCAUUUCUUUAAGGACAUCACAGAAGUCAAUUUUUGGUGUUUGACGGACAUGCACCCUAGAACAGCACACACCAAUUUCUCUAUACCAAGAACUUCUAAUACAUUAAACAACAAAAAAGCUGGGUUCCAAAUGGAUAGUUUUCUUAAUAGAUCUUCAAUGUCAGCAUUUUUAGAGGUAACAGCAGCCAAGAAACACAACAGCAGUGUUCUGAAAUGGUCCUCUUCAGAAAAACUCAGGAGUGGCUAUGUUUCCAGUGAAUCACUUUCUACUGUCUCAGUCAAGUUAGGUCUGGGUCUCCUCAGAGCUGCUGACAAAUAUAUAAAGACCAAUAAAGAAUGGUGCUGAGUUACAUGGCAUUUACUAUCUAGAAGUCAUUUGAUCCUAGAGGUUACCUAAGUGUCAGAGUCACAUGCAGAUGGGAAGCUUUUCCAUGGACAAGGGGGGUAACAUGAAAGCUGCUUUUUUAACAGAUUUAAAAAGCACAUUCCAUGUUCGUAAAUGAAUUUAAAAUAAUUGGGGCAAACUAUUAAGAGCUUUUAUUUUUAGAACAAGUUAAUUGUAAAUAUUUUAAUGUUAGUUUGCUCAUCUAUGAUCUGAGAUCAUUGCUGAGAUGAGAAAAAUGACCCCAAACUACAAUUUAAUGCAUUGAGGAAAAAUUCUAAAAAUAGUAAUUUCAGCUCCAGUCUUUAGAUCAGCUUUGUAAUGUGUUAUGGGUCCAUUUUUCCUGGAAUAGCUUAAAAGCAGUUUCCUGUGUUGGAGAUUUUGGAGUUAAUUUUAAUUUGGGCUAUUGUUUGGAAAAGAUGGGCUGUCUGUGUAGAUAUGAAGUAUAGUUUUUCCAUAAAACAGAUGUUUAUUUUGUAUUAAAAAUACCACUGUACUUGUUUUACACCAUUUGUAUACAUGUGGUGAUAUUAAUGCUAAACUGUAAAAUUCAGGAAUUAAAAUGUGACCCUGUAAUUCCAUGAUUGAGGCUUCUGUUUGUUUUGUUGUAAAUAUAAAGUAAACUUUUAUUUUUGAGAUAUAUCUAGUUUACAUUAUCUUUUUAAAGCUUAUAGAAUCUAUAAAGAUUUUAAAUGCAGAAAGUUUUAAAUGCAAGAGUCAAGCCUGCUUUAAGUGUCACUUAAGAGGUAAACCCUGGGCAAACAGGACAGCAUGAAGCCGUUUUCGCACUAAACAAAGGCGGGUGCACAUGCAACAAGCCUGCAUGUGGAAUCCAGAUGAGCCGAGAUACUUUUCAACCACCAUCAGUGAGUUACUGUAGGAGCGGGCAUUCUUUCAAGAGAGUUUUCUCAGGCCUCUUCCACCUUAGUGCUUAGAAUCUAAGCAGCCCUGACCUAUAAACUGUUCCGUUAAUUCUUAUUAUAUAACUUUAAGUUUAUAGUCUAGUACUUUAUAAAGACUUGCUUAAAUUUUCCUUUCUAAGGAACUUCAAACUUUAAGUCGUUAUGGGAAGUGUUUCUUACAGCAGGAAUAUGAAUGCUUUCUUGAAAUAAAAGGGCAACAGUUGUAUAAUGCGUAUGUUCACCCACAUGGCAAAAGGGUCCUUGGAAGGCACAACUGAGAAGAUUCUAUAUUAGCUGCCGUCCUGAGUGACGACUCUCAUGCAGUGAGGUGCUGAUAGCAUUGUCUCCACUCAGCUAGUUCAAGCCAGAGCACACAUUUGUAUGCCUUAGGUCCUAAAAAUAUCUGUAAACAUAUACCUACCUAAUAAACUAUUUUUAAUAAAAA